AUGAGCAUGCGCCUGGCCUCCAGCAAGGCCACCGAGGUCUUCCGCAGGAUCGGCAGCAUGAAGGAGCGCGGCUACAAGAAGGGCAGCUACUCCCUGCAGGAGGCCGCCUGCGCCAGCAAGCUCUCGCUGCAGGGCCUCGACGACGACGUGGCGCAGCAGAGCUACACGACCGACCACAACCCCUUCGGCGAGGGCGACCGCGACGACGGCGUGGACGGCGAGCGCGCGCAGAGCCCCGAGGCGGAGGCGGAGCGCGAGUCGCCACGCCUGGAGCGGGCGCUGGCCGCGUCCUCCAUCACCGUCCCCAGGAGCAUCUUCAACAAGUGGAAGGACCAGAGGACGCUCAGGGCCUUCAGGAACCUGCGGGACAGGAGCAGCAGCAAGAAGGCGCAGGAGGAGGACGCGGAGGGCUGGAGCUCGCAGAACGGAAGGGCGUCGCCCGUCGCCGACAACCCCGACGGCAUCAGGGAGUACCUGGCGUCCAUCGGGAAGGCGCACCUCAAGGCGGACCUCCUCGGCCACGUCAAGAUCCCCAUCAAGGUAAAGUGGUCCUUGCGUCAGAAGGGUCGACAAUCACACACCAAGGGCGGCGUGGGCGUCUCUAGCAUCGAUUUGCAACGGGCGCGUGCUGAGGGACGUGAGGGGUUCCGAUUGGUGUUCCUCUGCAAGUCUUCGCACAUUCGCUGCGGUACAUCAUUCACGCGGCGAGGUGGUUUGCGCGUGGAGGUCGACGUGCGUCCUCCAGCAGCUGACCUUCUUCUCAAGGAUCGAGGAGUGGCACAGGACCUUGCAUCACGUGGGCUGGUCCUGACGAGGGUGAAGCCGCUCGACCCAGGCCUCCUUCUGCCGCUGCUCAAGGGCGUGAGGGACAACUUGGUCGCCAGGCGGUAUGUGACCACGCAGAGACGAGAAAUCUGCACGACCCUGUCCUCCUGGGUACGACAUGUGUUAACGAAGGAAUUCGAGAUGCUUCACACCUCCUUCCCCAGCACCUCCUUGCUCGUCGAACUCCCCAGGCUGGAAAACUACCUCAGAUGUUUCCACACAGUCGAGUACUGUUACGAACUCCGCAAGCCUUUCGAACACGAGUUGUCAACCCAGGGUCUGCCGGCUUGCGUCACCGACUUGCUCCUGGCUGCCCUGAGCAAGCACGUCGACACCUGGAUCGACGCCCUCUACAAGGAGGAGCUGAAGAGUGCCCCCAGCGCCUCAGAGUCCAGGGAGGUCGUCCUCGAGGUUCCUACCGAGUGGCAAGUGUGGCAAGAGUCCUUCAGGAGGGCGGGACUCCUCACCAACCCUAUUCUCAACUUCUUGGCCAUUUCUAUGCACACUUACCAGCCCAUUCUUAUGAUAGAGAUGGGGGUCGACUACCUGUACCUGGUGAUGCCGAAGCUCCUGACGGCGGCGCAGAUGCUGGUGAAGCCCCUGCUGGACUUCGACGUCGACGAGGGCAUCCAGCUACUGCAGAAGGAGGAGGUCCUGCCCCCAGCCCUCAAAUCCGCGUGGAUGCUGUGUGAUAAUCUGAGCGAGAUAAAUAAGUUGACCGUCAAGAGCGACCUGCCGCAGCACCUGAUCCCACAGGAGUACCGCCACAGCUUCUCGAGCGGCCUGACCCACUGGCUGGCCCUCAGCAAGCACCUGGCCUUCGGGGAGCUGGAGCGCGAGGUGGACCAGGACGAGUUCGUGGCCCUCGAGGACUCGGAGGGCUUCAGCCAGAGCGCCGUGGGCAUGGUGGACCUCCUGAGGGCGCUGAUGAAGCGCCUGUCCUCCGUGAGCUGGCCAGGGGGCGUCGGGCCCAGCGUGGAGACCAUGGACACCAUCGCCGGCCAUUUGCUGGAGCUGGUGCUGCAGUACAAGGCCAGGGUGACGGAGGCCUACACCAGGAGGGGAGGCUGCACGGAUAAGAUUUCCGUGGAGGUGUGUGUCGUGGUGAGAAACGUCGAACAUGUUUGCGACGAGACGAGGAAGCACCUCCUGCAGCUGUCCAGUAUGUGCGUGGACAGCGAAGGACAUCAGAAGAGCUUGGAUUUGACGGAGAGGAGCAAGCAACUGCAGUCCUAUAUAGACGAUAGCGCUGAGGAACUGUUGAAGACGUGCCUCCCCCACCUGGAGCAAAUCCUGGAGAAGGGGGUGACCAAGGGAGGUCCCGAGAGCGUGCAGAAGGGGCUGGAGGAGGCGCUGCAUCCCGUGGAAGACCGCCUGUACUUCGCCGAGCCUCUGCUGCACGAGCUGUGGGUGAGGCUCUUCCGGCACGCCAUCCUGCUCAAGGAAGUCUACGUGAAGAGCGGAUGGCGGGAGAGACUUCGGAGGCUGCGGGAGGUGCUGACGAAGGCGCACACAUUCCUGACGGAUCACCAGGGCGUCGGGUUUCCAUCUGACGCAGGCCGCUACUACAGACUACGAGACGCUACAAGAGGACCUCAAGAUCCUGGGAGCGACGUCGGGAGGGAGCUGUGGCCCCUACUACUACGAACGACUCAGGCAGCAGGAGCGGGAGUCGUCCAGCGCCACCGCUCCCUCGAUAGUCGUCAAUCUUGCCUUCACCGAGGCGGGCCUGCGCGUGCACGUGAUCCAAGCCCCAGGACAGCACCGCGGGGUUCUGGUCAAGGCCCGAGUGGAACCCAAGUACUGGUUCGCCAGGAGUGAGCCCCAGAAGACCCAUUUGGUGAAGGAGGACCCGGCGUGUUCGACCAGGUCCUGAGUUCCCGGAGGUCCUGGAGGACGUGCCCGACGCAGAGCAAGGCGGAGUCCUCACGCUGCAGCUCAGGACGCCCAAGAUGCUAGGCAACAGCGUGGUGCACAGCGAGGCCAUCGUGCCCCUGAGGAGCGUCCCCCGGGUGUCGAGGGAGGCCCUGAGCGGCACCCACCACGUCCGGAUCACGCUGACGAGGCCCUGGAACUCAGCAGCUACCGGCCCCUGGAGGCGCUGAGGACCCGCGCCCUCGACAAGGUGGCGGUGGCGAGCCUGAAGGACCUGGCGGAGCGCUGGGAGCCCGGCGACCGCUCCAGCCAGAUCCAGGAGACCCAGAAGAUCCGCGCCACCUUCGCCCGCGCCGGGAGCAUGAAGUCCCCGAGUUCCGCCUCGGGGAAGGGCGCCCGGAGGCCCCACGGCGGGAGCAUGAGGCUGGGCUCCGUCAAGUAGGAUCUCUUGGGGGGGAUUGGGUUUCUCUCUGGGGGGGUUCUGUGAGGGUCGGAUGUUCCUUUAGGGGUUCUGUAAGGGUUGGGGUUCCUCUUGGGGGUUUGGUAGGAUUGGGGUUCCUUUGGGGUUCUGUAGGAUUGGGUGUUCUUUUGGGGUUCUGUGGAACUGAGUCCUGCUGAGAUCCGUGAAGUAAGAUUUUCUUCCCUUUGGACCUCAGGGAAUAAGAUCCCUCUCGGGCUCCGUGGACUUCGAUCCCUUCUAGGGCUUCAAGAAAUAGAAUCCCCUUCGGCCUCCCGUGAAAUAAGGAUCCACUCGAGUUCCCUGGAAUAUGACCCUCCUUCAUAAGAAAGAUAAAACCGUGCCUUCUAGUUCAUACCUUGUACGAAAUCCUCUCGAAAUGGGAUCCUCUUUUACCGAUGGAAUCAUUGGAGGAGUCAGGAUACAGCUGGGAUCCGUAAAAUAGGAUAUUCUUUUCACGGAUGCUUCAGUUGACGAGAGAAGGAUUCCAGGAGCGUAGGACACCAAUACAGAUCGAAGAAGGAAUUCCGGGAGGUGUCGGCCGCAAGAGAAAUAGUCAGUAAAGUGCCAAGAACUUUUAUUACAAAUCUAUACGUUUUAUGUUUCCUGUAGAUAAAGACAUUUAAAACUUGCCAGUCAUUUGAUAUAAUCUACAGUGUAAGCAUCAAAGUAAUAUAUAUAUAUAUUUAUAUUUAUAUGAAGAUUAUGGGCAUUGCGUCCAACUUGGGCAUUUUAAACUAUAUAGCAGAAUAUAGCGAAGGUGUUGCUAUGGUAACGUUGACUUAGUGUUUAUCAUUGUUAAGUGGGUUUUGUCAAAGGAAAAAAUAACAGAUUUUGAAUGUGGACUUGUUUCGUAAAUGUAUAUUUAAUCCUGUUUGAAAUAUCUCCAUUUUUUUCAUGCCAUGUGUGCGAAUAUUUCUCAAAGGGAUGGUUAAGUAUAUGCCUUGAGACACACACACACACACACACACACACACAUCACACACACACACACACACACACACACACACACACACACACACACACACACACACACACACACACACACACACACACACACUUAAACGUGAAUUUACACACAAUCUGACCAAUAUGAUUAAUCUACCAUAAUCAUCUGUUCAUGCAUUAUUAUAUUUCAUGGAAAACUAAUGAAAGAACAUUUAUUGCAUUGUUAUUGUUGUUCAUUUCCGUUGUGCGACUGAUCUGUGAUACUCCGCUGAUGGGCUGAAAUGGGAAGAUAAUUAUUGCAUGUUAGAAUGAGGAAUAAUUUUGAUAACUUCAGCCAUCGAAGACGUUGUUGCUGUCUUCAGGAAAGUGUGUGUUUGUACAUAAGAUCCCCUUGUCUCUGUCCUUGAGUCGUGAAUAAAUGUUUUGGUCUUGUA